AUGGGAACGGUAGAUUUGGAAACCUUAGACCGUAACAUUAAGGUUACAAUUGAAAUUGAGAUAAGUAAUUUACAGAAAUUGGAACGUCAACUUCGUGGAAAAGUUCUUUACAAGCGAAGACCCUGCUUUAAACGGAUAAAUGGUAUAGCCAAUUAUGUUUGUAUCAGACUAUUAUCAUACUAGUUUUAUUAUAGAUCGAAGGAACCAAUAACUACUUAGUUGAGAAGAUGGCAUUCUUUCCGCAUGUUUCUUAAGACCCCUCAAAUUUAACUCGAUUUGUAUAUUAAACUUUAACAAAAAUAGGAAUAAAUAAAGUAGGAGUAAAUGAUUCUCAACAACUUAAGGGAUCAUCCUCACCCAGAUAUCAUACAAUUGGAAGAGAUUUCAUGUGAUGAGAAUUCAAUAUCUGUACUCUUAGAAUACUGUCCUGGAGGUGAUUUACUUAAGUUUUUGAACCAGAAUAAUUAAAACAUCAACCAUUAAUUAGUGAUGAAAAAAUUGUUAAACGUCGUUUAGCACAUUCAUUAUUAUGAUAUUUUGCACAGGGAUAUAAAGCUAUAGAAUGUGUUAUUUAGGAAAGCUAAUGAUGCAAGUAGCCUCGUUCUGGCAGACUUUGGGUUGGCUUGUCUUAAAUCACAACUCUUAAAUAAUAAUAAUAGAUGUGGGACACCGGGCUACACAGCUCCUGAGGUUUUCACGUAGGCCAUAUAUGAUUAAAAGGUGGACAUCUUCAGUUGUGGUGUGGUAUUUUUUAAUCUAUUAACAUUAAAAAAUCCUUUUGGAUCCUCUAAAAACCCCUAAACUCUUCUUCUGAAAAAUAUAGCCGCUGAUUAUGAUUUGACUUAUUUAGACCAAAUCAAAUCGAAAAAUCCCAAAGCUUGCGAUUUAGUCAUUCAAAUGCUUAAAAAAGAUCCAAAAUAGCGACCUUCAGCCACUCAAUGUUUAUAGCAUCCAUUUUUUAGUUAGGAGGUAGUAGAAUAGAAAGAGGAUUCCACCUUUGACAAUAUUCAGUUCAACAAUCCUAUUCAUCAAACAGUGAAAGUUAGCCAAACUAAGCCACAUCAAAUGCCAUAGUUUAAAUGA